AUGGGCCACUCAAGCAACGACGAGUUUUUCGUCAAGCUCCAGGAGCUCUUCGACAGUCGCAAGGGUAAAGAUCACGGCAUGAUCUACCUGACACAGAAGCGAUUAUCAUACGACCAAGAUCUACCCGAGGCUACGAUCGACAACCCACUUCCCGACCUGCACCCUGCCAAGCCCCUUCCCAUUCUCAUUCGGGCCACCAACGGCAAGUCGAAAGAGAAGAGGAAGGAGAAGCUCAAGGUGAAGCUGUCCACCGUCGUGGAGGCCGAUGCCCUGCCUGUCUUUUUCGAGAAGUAUGCCGAGGUAUGCAAGGCUGGCAUGGCGACACUGAAGCCGAGAGACAGGAGUAAGAGGAAGGGCAAAGCCAAGAAGAGGAAGACGGUGGCUCCUCCUGCUGGCACAUCAUGA